AUGGCCUGCUACACUAUGGGAUCCUUCCUCCGACAUAUGCUAGAGCUCCCCAGCGCUCUCGUCCUUGCCGCAUACAUUGCAGCUGGUGUGGUGGAGGGCAGCCGGCUCGAAGCACGCAGCAACGACAACACCAACAAUACCAGAUCUGCUCCCUCCCCGAUUUCCAUCAGUCCGGCCCAGAACUUCGAUGGAAUUGACGGCGCGUGGUCUUCCUUCACCUUGCGUGUCGGCACGCCCGAGCAAAACGUCAGGGUAUUCGCGUCAACAGCGGCUUAUCAAACAUGGGUUGUUCUCCCCCAGGGCUGUCAGGCUGCUGCCAACCCAGACCUAUGUGCCGACUCGCGCGGCUGGAUCUUCGACUCCAACGCCUCAUCGACCUUUGACCGGGUGGGAAUCUACGAUCUCUGGAUAGAGAAGAAUCUCGGAUACACGGGUAACGCAGUGUACGGGUAUGACACGGUGGGUUUGGGGGGACAAGGCGAAGGAGGACCUACGCUGUUGAACACAACUGUUGGCACGUUUGCGGUCGAGUCCUUUUAUCUGGGUGUGCUCGGCGUCAACCCCAAACCGACGAACUUCACCGACUUCAGUACGCAAUCACCCAGCUACAUGACUUUAUUAAAGGAGCAGGAGUUCAUUCCCAGCGUAUCCUUUGGCUACAACGCAGGUGCAAGCUAUCGGGAAACGGGCGUACUSGCGUCGCUCACCCUAGGAGGAUAYGAUUCUUCCAAGGUUGUUGAAAACAACAUCACCUGGACCCUGGCGGUGGACAACGAUCGCGACAUUGUGGUCGCUCUCCAGUCUAUCAGCACGCCCUCGGCUGUGGAAUCAUCGCCUGUUGCAACGAGACUACUUCCAAAGCCAAUAUAUGUGUAUGUCGAUAGCACGAUACCGCACAUAUGGCUACCAAUCGAAGCGUGCGAACAGUUCGAGACGGAAUUUGGCCUUGUGUAUGAUGACGAAUCCAAUUUGUAUCUGGUGAAUACCACUUUGCACGACACCCUCGUCGAACGGGAUGCAAACGUCACCUUCUCCUUGGGCGAAUCUCUGUCUGGUGGUCCGACGGUGCAGAUAACCCUGCCAUAUGCUGCAUUCGACCUGCAGGCAAAACMGCCCUAUCAGGGACUGACCAGCAGCUCUCUAUAUUUCCCCUUGCAGCGCGCGCAAAACGACACUCAGUAUACCCUAGGACGAACCUUCCUCCAGGAAGCAUAUCUAUCGGUCAAUUGGGAGACUGCCAAAUUCAAUGUCUCGCAGGUUUCAUGGGACGCAGCGGCGGAUGAGAAUCUCGUGGCGAUGCUACCUAUCAGCGAUGGCUCGAAUGACUCCAACUUCAAAUCUCAUCUUGCCGACGGAAUCCCACCUGGCAGUAUGUCUACCGGCGCUAUAGCAGGAGCAGUAGUAGCUGGGGUUCUAGCCGCUGCAAUCAUCGGCGCCGCGGUAUUUUGGUGGUGUCUCCGACGUAAGAAGCGUGAAGGGCAGAUUCAAAUGCACGACGACGAGCAAUCGGAGACUAGGAGAAGCUCUCUCGCGAGACUGAGUGGUCUGGGUGGGUUUGGAAAGCAACCCGCGGUAUUCCCCAAAGCCGAGCUGGACGGCUCUCCAACCGUACAAAAGGGGCUGCUCUCUACCCAGGGAUCGAUGAUUUCAAGACACUCGUCACCGGUCAGAGGCAAUAUGACUGAACUCUACGGUGUAUCUUCACCUAUCUCACCUUCAGCCGGACAUGGGACGUACUCGAGUUCGCAUAGUGGUGCACUCUUCUCGCCCAUCUCUGCCUUUGCGCCAAGCGAGGCUGAUAGUAGAGAACUACAGAUAUACGAGAUGCCUGGUGAUAUGCCCAUGAUUGGAGAAAAGGAUGGUAAAACAUUGAGCGAGAAGGAAGCCAUCGCACACCGAGAGAAGGUCUACAACGGCGUGGAACCUCCUGCACCGGAUUCAGCAAUUGACAAUGAAGAUUGCUUCAGGGAACACCGACAGAUCUUUCGUCCCGAGGACGUGGUGGAAAUGCACGUGCCCUUGGAGCCUCAAGAUAGGACGCUGCGCAAAGCCUUCUCGUUCGAGUUGGACGACAGCGACCGAGGGACAUGGCUGUAA